AUGGUUCUCCCGGGUGAUGAUGCAGAAGCAAGCAGGGCGUUGUUGAUCGAAAGGCGGAGUCAGCGGGGCUCGAUCAUCAUUGUUUCCAUCAUCCUGGUGCUGACUGUCGGGCUUUUUGUGCUGUUGAUGCUGAUGCCGAAGUUGGUGGCAUCCGGGUUGCUUGCUUAUUCAUUCGGUCUCCGCCAUGCAGUUGACGUGGACCACAUUGCCGCCAUCGACAAUAUCACACGCAAGCUGACGACUCGUGACAGCAGCCCCCGCACGGUUGGCAUGUUUUUUGCUCUUGGGCACUCCUCUGUGGUCUUCCUCGCUUGCUGCGCGAUUCUGCUCACGCAGCGGUUCAUGAGCGACUUUCUGGACACCUUCAGCAAGUAUGGCAGCAUAGUCGGUACAGCCAUUUCAGGAGGCUUUCUGUUUGCACUGGGCCUCCUGAAUCUCUACACGGCGACGCAGCUGUGGAUGGCCUGGCGUGGAGGCACCCGUAGUGCUCACAGCCAUGAUGUCAUUGGCUGCUGCCUGAGAUGUUGCCCGCGCCUUUUCGACUCGAUCUCCAAGCCCUGGCACAUGCUGGUGGUAGGUUUCCUAUUCGGGCUUGGGUUCGAUACCUCAACUGAGGUGGGACUCCUGGCGAUUGUGGCAGUCUCACACGGCCUCGUUACCCCCUUCGUCAUCUUGCUUCUGCCGUUGCUCUUCAUGUCGGGCAUGUGCCUGCUCGAUACCCUGAACGGCUUCUUCAUGGCCUGGAUCUAUCGGACGUCCUUGGAGGACGACGACCAGAAGAUCUACUUCAACUUGUUUGUGACCGUCACCUCUGGCCUGGUGGCACUGCUGGUGGGGCUCCUGGAGCUGCUGGGUCUGCUGGGCAGCCAGGCCAGGCUCCAUGGCUGGUUUUGGGAGGCCGUGCAGUCGGCCAACGACCAUUUCGAGCUCCUCGGGUUGGCGGUCGUGUCGCUCUUCUUCCUUGCCAUGAUGACGGCCGUGUGCUGCUUCAGACGGGUGUUCCGAGAUCGGCAGGCCCGGAGGCCGUCGCCCGCGUACGUCCGGGAGCAUGUGAUACGCUACGUUCAGAAUGGGCAGUUCAUUGACAGGUCUGGCGUGUGA